GUCAGAGCAGUGGGAAUGUGGCAUCUUUAAAAGUUCUACUAAUUUUCGGUAAAGUAGUCCGUCACUAUGGCAACAGAUGAAGAUUUAUCAUAUUCUGAUGAUGCUUUUGAGGGAGAAGAUAAAGAAGAUGAUGUAAUAAACUCAGCGGAUAGUUAUAGUGAUUAUCACCAACAAAUACUUUUUUAUCGUAACUUUGACUCUGUAUCAGGACGAAGCCUUCAGAGACCUAAAACACGGAGAAGACGAUGGACUCAGAGAGAUAUGACAAAUGCGUACAAUGCUGUUAAGUAUCAAGGGAUGUCUCUACGUGGUGCUGCGACGGCAUUCAAUGUUCCUGAGUCCACUCUUCGUGACAGAGUUCAUGGACGGGUUAGUUUGGAAUGUUCUCGACCUGGCCCCCCAACAUUUUUUACGUAUGAAGAAGAAAAGAAAAUGGUUGACCACAUCUUGUUUAUGAGUAAAAUUGGUUACCCGUACACAAGAAAUCAGGUAGUCGAACUUGCUGGAGAUAUGACAAAGGCUGUUGGGCGAAUCGCCCCAUUUAAAUAUCUCAAUCCCAGUCAGGCCUGGUUUUAUGCUUUUCUUAACCGUUGGCCUGAUUUGAAGAAUUUCUUAUUUGGACCUCGGAGCAAUCGGAAAUCUAAAGGAGUUUCCGGAGACUCAAUACAAUCUUAUUUUGAACAACUAGAAAAGGUUUUGAAUAAGUAUAGCAUCAAAGACAAAGCAGAACAUUUUUGGAUUGUUGAUGAAGUAAGCAUAAGCUGUGAAAAUCAGCCUCCACGUAUUCUUCCCAUCAGUAUCCAAAGAGCUCAGUCUGUAAGCUAUUGGAAUCCAACUGUAGCGAUGCUUGGAGCUGCUAACGGCAUUGGUGAAAAAAUUCCUCCAUUCUUGAUUUAUCGAGGUGAUGGGAUAACAUCGUCGAUGAUGGAAGGUUCUGUGCGGGGUACAAAAUUUUCAUAUUCAUCUUCUGGUUGGGUUAAUUCUGAUGCUUUUAUACAGUGGUUCCUUAAACACUUCCGUGCACUUGUUUCUGUCCGACCUCUUAUUCUCUUCUAUGAUGGCCACUUACAAUUUGUCAGUGUUCGUGUAUUAGAACGUGCUCGUGAAGAUGGUGUUUUUCUGUUUCCACUCCCUCCUCAUCCUGCUUAUAAUCACUGUGUCGAAAACACAUGUUUCUGGGCAUUUCAGGGUUAUUUCAAGAAACGUUUGGAUCGUUUUUUCGAACAAAAUCCUAACCAACCACUUAUACGCAAUAAUGCCUCUCCAAUACUGACACAUGCUUACGAAAAGGCACUACAACCAAGUAAUAUGAUCAGCCUGUUUGAAAGACUGGGAAUUUGUCCGUUUAAUAAUUUAUCCGCAUCUAUUGGUGCAUAUUUGAACAUGACAGAAGAUUAUGAACAAACUAAUAUCACCGGAGAGAAUGUUGAUCCGUAUCUUCCCAGCGAAACAGUGAAUCCAUACUGUCAGUUGUCUAAACCGGCAUGUUCAUCGAACUACCUCAACUAUGUGAAUACAAAUAUUCCUAAUGGUGGAGAUGCGAAAAAUCACAUUAUCAGUUCUUCUAGUGAUUUACAUUAUCUUAGUGGUGCUGUUACGAAGCUAGCCACUUAUGUAACAAACAACUCUCAAAGUGUCUUAACCUCUAAAUCCACUCUGGCUAACGGUAAGCAGAAUGUACCAGCUGUUCUUACAUCUCAUGAAAGCAAUUUUAAAACUCAACAUGCUGUUGUAACGCAAUUCUCUCCUUCUGGACGAUCAGUUACUAUACGUUUGCAUGGUCCUGCAGCAGGUGCCAUUCAACCUGUUUCAGUGCACGCAAGUGAAGCGGAAGAACCGUCAUGUCGUCAAAACAAAGAUGCUUCGUCGUUUGAUGCUUUAGCUGCGGAUAUUUCUCAUGAAGAAGAAGUUGGUUGUGAACUGUCUAAUUCUCAAUUAGUACUGAACCAAAAACCGAAUUCAGGUCAGUAUUUCCGAGUGCCUGAAACAGGAGGUGGACAUGUUCCUGUCAACGGAGGACUUCUUGAAAGCAUGGAUGGGAUAGAAGAUGGCGAAGCACUAGACUUAUGCGUUGUUUGCGGUCAGUUGGAACCCCCUGAAUUAUCUAGCCAACCGGUCUCUGACCAGGCAAAUGCAGAUGAUCUACAGGUUAUCGAUUGGGCACAUUGUGAUUACUGUAAUCAUUGGGUGCAUCUUAACGGCUGUUGCAGCGAAGGGGCAGUAAUCGGUAAUAAUUCCUUCAUGUGUGUCGUCUGUCGAAAGGGCGGUACCACAGGAGCUGUAAAAUGUCUUCAUCAAGAAACAGGAUUAACAAAAACUGGCGGAGAAGAAGAGCUACCAAUGAGUAAUAGAUUUUAGUUACAUGAAGAUAAUAUUUCUUCUUCCAUUGUCUUCCACCGAGUCAUUCGUCAGAUAUAUAUAUAUAUAUAUAUAUAUAUAUAUAUAUAUAUAUAUAUAUAUAUAUAUAUAUAUAUAUAAAGUCGAUAACAGAUAUUUUUAUAAUCAACCAGGGCAAUUUUUUACAUUCCAGUCUGUAUUUUGUUUAGUUCCAUUGCACAUAUUGAUUGUGUUCUGUGUGUGUCAGUCCUAGCUUAAGAUAAACUUUCUAAGAAUUUUUUAUACUCUACUGUGCAAUUAUUUCAACCAUUUGAAACAAGUUAUUCUAUAGUUGGAAUGAAAUUCUUGUUAAGCAAGCAAAACGUUUACCACCUUUAUAACCUCGUUGACUCUACUUUCUAGUUCAAAUCCUAAUUUUACUCAUUGUGUUAAUGAUCAUCGUUGUAACUACUUACUCCCUCCUUGUUCAUUGCCUUUUUGACAAAUGUGGCUGUGCCAAGUAAAUUUGUAGAUAGAUAACAAUAUGAUUUUCUUUUUGGAGAGGAAUGAUAAUAUGAAGUAAAAAUAUUUGUUAAGGGAAUGUUUUUGUUUAAUCUCA